AUGUUGGUGGAAUCUCAAAAUACUCCUGAGAAUCAUAACAAUGAGAUGAAAUCUCAGAAUAUUUCCAAGAAUAAUGAGAUUGAGCAGAGUUUAGAUGCGGCAGAAGGACAUCGGCAGAUAAAUUUUUUUAACGAAGGAUGUUUGAAUGCAUCACCCGAUACAGAGAAAUUACUUAAUGCAGUUGUCCAGAACGAGAAUGAAGCAUAUGAACAGUAUUGUUUAUAUGCACACCAUAUUGGAUUUACUGUGCGAAAGGAACACAGUGGUUUCUGGCCGAAUUCUAAGAAGUUGAAGACAAAGGACUUUGUUUGUGGUAAGGCUGGUUUCAAGAAAGAGUUGAAGGACACUAUCACAGUGAGGUUCAAAAGAGCGGACACAAGGACUGGUUGUCCAGCAAUGAUCCGAUACUCCGUUGAUUUAGAUGGCAACUGGUCGGUAAAAAAAUUUGUAGAAAGUCACAACCAUCCGUUGGCGGAGGACGGUGACAAGCAUCUACUGCAUUCCAGCAGAAAGAUGUGUGAUAUCAGUGCUGAUAUCCUCAUAACAAUGACAAAAUCAGAGAUUAGAACCAGUGAUGCAUUCAGAUUCCUCGCAAAUGAGGUUGGAGGAGUGGAGAAUCUUGAUUGCACAAAGAGGGAUGCAUAUAAUUUCAUACAAAGAGAGAGAAGAGUUCAGAUUGAAUUAGGGGAUGCUAAUUCUCUCAUACAAUUGUUCACUACCCGACAAGCAGAUGAUCCAAUGUUUGCGUGGGACUUCCAAAUUGAUGAGGCAGGAUGUUUGGUGAAUUUUACGACGAGUGUCUUCCGAAAACCAGACAUAGAUUAUGUCAAUGGCACAUCUACAAGAAGUUAUCUUCAAAAGUCCAUUGUGGCAUCGGUAGCAAGAGAGUCAAUGAUCUUUUUUAUAAAAUGUGAAUCUGAAGAGGAGUUUGAAGAAACUUGGGGUGAUAUGGUCGAGAAAGGAAAACUACACGAGAAUGUUUGGUUGAAUGAAUUGUAUAAUAUCAGGCAUAAGUGGUCAACCGCCUUCAACAAAGAAAUUUUUGGAAUGGGGAUCCUAUCAACGCAAAGAAGUGAGUCCACAAAUAAGAUUUGUCAUGAUGUCUCCAAGGCAACAAGCACCCUGACCGAAUGUUUUUUGGGUCUUGAAAAUGUUCUCAAAGAUUGGAGAAGAAAUGAAAAGGAUGAAGAAUUUAAAUGCCAGCAGUCUGCAAUUUCUCCCACCGUUAAAAGCAGUCCAGUGUUGAGACAAGUUUCAACCCUUUACACUAGGAAGUUAUACUCAAUCUUUGAAACACAGUUUCUACAUGGCUUGUGUGGGCUUGCUGUAGAGUGUUGCAGCACUACGGAUUCAGAAUUUCAUAUCCGAACUCUCGAUAAUAAGGACAGAGCCAGGCCCUGGAUUGUUAAAGUGGACAAUUGUAAUUCUGAUAUUACGUGUAGUUGUAAAAAGUUUGAAAUGAUGGGUUUAUUAUGUGCCCACGCUCUAAGGGUUCUCCAGCACAAAAAUAUUACAAAAAUCCCUGAUAAAUAUAUUUUACUUCGGUGGACUAUUAAUGCGAAAAGGGACAUAUAUAACAGUUAUGGUUAUGCAAAUCGAAGAGUUUCAGAAAUGUUGCCAAACUCUGCAAGCGGACUCAUCUAUCUCAACCACAUUCAAAAAUUUGCAUACCAGAUCGGCACCAUAUCAUGA